GCAUCUUGCUCUUGCAAAUAGGACAUGCCACCGAUUGGCUUUGAUGUUGGAAGAACUUGAAUUCAAGGUUGCUGAGCUGAACUCAAUGAUACCUCAGUCUUCAAGACAAGCUUCUGUUCACCGUUUUAAGUCUGGGAAAGUUCCUAUAUUGCUGGCUACAGGAGUUGUUGAACGCGGGCUAGAUAUUCUGAUGGUGGAUCUAGUCAUACUUUAUGACGUACCAAGGGAUCCUGUUGAAUAUGUUCAUCGUGCAGGACGUACUGCAAGAGCUGGUAGAGAGGGACUUGUGCUGAGCAUUGUAUCAGGGAAUGAUGUGAAUCUUUUACAUGGAAUAGAAGCAACACUUGGUAAGCAAAUGGAAAAGUUUGAAUGUAAAGAAAAAGAGGUGGUUGCCGAGAUGACCAAGGUUACCAAGGCAAGGAGGGUUGCAAAUAUGAAGAUGUUGGAUGAUGGCUUUGAGGAUAGAGUGAAAGCACGCAAGAAGAAAAAACUAGCAGAUAAAAACCGAAAGCGAAAGAGGGCACAAGUCUUCUAGCUCAAUUAGUAAACUAUUGUAUUGUUCCUGCUGCUAGUUGGUGCCUAGUGUUGCUGGUGCUAGCUGCCUGGUUUCCUGCUAGCUGCUAUGCUGCCUGCUGUGUUUUGUGUUGCUGGCUGAGGCAGUAGCUGGCCUGUUGGGUUCGGGUUGUGCCUCAGGUUGCUGGCUGGUGCUGUAGAUGGCAUGUUGGGGCCUGCUGUUAGGUUGCUGCUGUUAUUUCUGGUUGCUGCUGCUGUAUUGUUGUUGCUGUUGGCAACUGUUGUUUGUUGUUAUUGCAGCUGCUGCCUGUUUGCUCCAGCUUGGAGCUGCUGGUUUUUGUUGCUUUGCUUGCUGUCCCUGUUUUGUUGCUGCUGUGUUGCUGGAUUGCUGUUGGGGUUGUUCUAUUUCUGCCCAGCCUGCCAGCUGUCCCUGUUUUGUUGUUCUGUUUCUGUUGCUGUCCCUGUUUUGUUGUUUUGUUGUUGUUGUUGUCCUGGUGUUGUUCUGUUUCUAGUGGAGUCAUUGUUUAUUAGCGACAAAUACAUAAAUUGCACUAGUGAAGACAGUAGGAUCGAUCUAUACGAUCUAUCCGUCUUUGAGAUGCCUGGAAAUAAAGAUGAUGCUGAUAAACUAAGUAUGCUUAUAGAGUAUACGUGUUCUGAAGUUCCUAGCACGUUGCAAAAAAAUCAAAGUGAAGAAUUCUCACCUGAAAAUUU